ACGAAAUCAACUCCUUUCUCAAUGGCCCACGGAGUCGAAGCUAUGGCUCUCGCCGAAGUGAACGUAACCAGUCUACAUCCGUCAAAAAUGCCACAGAACGUUGAGCUUAACAGCGACAUGCUGCUCGACGCUUUAGACGCUAUCGAGGAACGACGCGACCAAGCCUUGCUCCGCAUCCAGAACUAUCAGCAUCAGAUCGAGAGCUACUACAACAAGAAGGUCAAGUCUCGACCUCUCGAGCUGUGCAAUAUCCUACUCCGCAAAGUGUUCGAAAACACUAAGGAGCUAAACGCAGGCAAGCUUGGGACUAACUGGGAAGGACCGUACAAGAUCGCCCAAGUCGUUAAACCAGGAGUCUAUCGACUCGAGACAUCGACUGGCGAACCUGUUCCCGGAGCAUGGAACUCCAUGCAUCUCUGA